UCCGAGUCAAACCCGAUCCUUUAGGUUAGGAUGUAGGCUCGGCGGAUGGUGUUAAGUUCGAGUGACCCUCAGUAGUCAAAAAUAGGACUUUGAUAAAACACAGUUCUCAACUACAAGAUCAGACUGAGCAAGGCGUUAGUGCCAAUAAGCACUCAAAUAAUGUGAGUGGAUUGAUAAAGGUAUAUAUAGCCCCCUAGUCUGUCUGUGGAAAGGUAUGAAAACCCCAAGACGUGUAUCUUUUUUCUUGACAACGUUUAAAUUUAAGGUAAAAUUUGCGUAAUAAUGAAGUUUUUUCUUGACAGAAGAGACUAAUUUUCGUAUAAUUUCGGAAAAUCCGUAUUUUACCUUUACAAAGUUUGCAAUUUUUGCUAAACUUUAAGGUACUCGUUUAGAUAUUGACUUUCGGGCGAGGCAUUUAACAUGCCAAUGGAAUCUUUUUACAGUUGACUGUCCUCGCGAAAUUCUGUUCUCAACGUGUCGGUUUGUUCUUUGCGCACUGCGGAGAGAACAACAAACGAAAUAGCCCUACGUUACUCGACUUAACGAGAAUAUGAUCGUGGGUUCCAUUCGGUGUUGAAUUGUACAAUCAGCACUGGCAGCGGAACCAAGAAUUUCCCAAGGAUACAAUUUCCUAAGUGUCUAUGGGAAAGGACCGAAAGUUUUAGGACGCCCUCUCCGAAGGGUGUAUUUUGAUAAAUUUACAAUUUUUUAAGGAGUUAACUCUAAUGGCAAAAAUGUUUAGAAUCUUCGCUUUAGUAUUGGCAGCCUUGUUUGCUCUCUCGCUCAUAGUCGGUUGUGGCGGCGGUGAGGAAGAAGACGACGAAGUUGCAGCAGCUGAAUUCUCAUCGGCAGCCCCGGCGGGCGGUGAAACGAUUGCUGCGAACGCUACCAUUACACUUACCUUUAGCAGCGAUCCCGGCGACGUAACGUCGAGUGGAGGAACCGUCGCAGGUUCCGGUAAAACUCGGACAGUCGCGGGUCCGUUCCCAGAAGGUGCGCUCACGCUCGCUAUCAGCUGGACAAAUGGCGACGGUAGCACUUCGCUUAGCUACACCGUUGCUGCCGCCGAUAACACAGCUCCGACCGUCACUGGCGGAACCGUCUCAGACGGCGACGAAGAUGUUGAUCCCGAAGGGAUCAAUAGUGACGGGACGAUCGAAAUUACCUUCAGUGAAGAUGUCUCCGGUAAUAUCGCCCUGCAGACUGAAGGCGGCGACGAUGUCGGUUGGCUCGGCAAAGUUGAAGGUACCACAGGCACACUCGAUCUCGUCAAGGGCAAAGAGAUUGGCAACGAGACUACCUAUGUUAUCGCAGGUAAAGUUGCUGACGCUGCCGGUAACGAGACUGAAGUUAGUGUAACCUUUACAACCAAGGGUAAAGAGUAA